GUUUAAAUUUUUGUCCUUGGUUUAUUUUUGGGCAAAACAAACUAUCCACCACCAAUUGAGAAUUUGCUUUUUCAGUCCAAUCACUAUAUUGCAUGGGGACCAAAUUAUAAAAAAGUAAAAUAAAUCAGAAAAAAAAAAAUAUAACAAACUGAAAAUAAAAACCUCGGUAAAGAGAAAACAAAGGUGGUUGCCAGCUUCAUAGAGAAGAAAGAAAGACAACAAUGGCGACAAAAGCUUUGUCCUUCACCCUAUCUCUCAACGACCUCUUCGGUUCCAAGUCUCCAAAAACCGCUUCAAAAGUUUCCGUUUUCUCUGUCAGAUGUUCCGCCGGUAAUGGAGAAAGGCCUUGGAAGAAUUCGGAUGCUAGACUUGUGCUAGAAGAUGGUUCGAUUUGGAAAGCUAAAUCGUUUGGUGCUUCAGGAACCCAAGUUGGUGAAGUUGUUUUCAAUACAUCGUUAACUGGGUAUCAAGAAAUUUUAACCGAUCCUAGUUAUGCUGGACAGUUUGUUCUGAUGACAAAUCCGCACAUUGGGAAUACAGGCAUUAAUUUUGAUGACGAGGAAUCAGCACAAUGCUUCCUUUCUGGUCUAGUAAUUAGGAGUUUGAGUAUCAGUACCUCAAACUGGAGAUGUGAAAAAGAUCUAGGCGAUUACUUAGCAGAAAGGAAUGUCAUGGGAAUUUAUGAUGUUGAUACACGGGCAAUCACACGCAGAUUACGGGAAGAUGGAAGCCUUAUUGGUGUUUUGAGCACUGACAAUUCCAAAACAGACGAGGAAUUGCUUCAGAUGUCUAAAUCAUGGGAUAUUGUUGGUAUUGAUCUAAUUAGUGGGGUAUCUUGCAAGUCUCCAUUCGAAUGGGUUGAUAGAACAAAGGAAGAAUGGGAGUUUAGCUCCAGUGAAGGGCCUAGAGGCACUUUCCAUGUAGUUGCGUAUGAUUUUGGAAUCAAGCAUAAUAUACUUAGGCGCCUAGCAUCUUAUGGCUGUAAAAUCACUGUUGUGCCAUCUACAUGGCCAUCAUCUGAAACUUUGAAGUUAAAUCCAGAUGGCGUGCUUUUCAGUAAUGGCCCAGGAGAUCCAUCUGCUGUUCCUUAUGCCGUUGAAACAGUAAAGAAUAUUAUUGGAAAGGUUCCUGUUUUUGGAAUUUGUAUGGGACAUCAAUUGCUAGGCCAGGCUUUAGGGGGUACAACCUACAAGAUGAAAUUUGGUCACCAUGGAGGAAAUCAUCCUGUUCGUAACCUUCGAACUGGCCGUGUUGAAAUUAGUUCUCAGAACCACAACUAUGCGGUUGACCCUGCCACACUACCCGAAGGAGUGGAGGUUACUCAUAUCAAUCUUAACGACAGCAGUUGUGCUGGUCUUGCUUUCCCUGCUCGAAAGAUUGUGUCUCUUCAAUACCACCCUGAAGCAUCCCCUGGACCUCAUGAUUCUGACAAUGCUUUUAGGGAGUUUAUAGAGCUAAUGAAGCAUGAAAAAAACAAAACAUCGAAUGAAAAUCUACACCAACUACAAUCGGUGUAAGUCAUUAAAGCAAGCUGCUAUUCCCACCGGACUAGAAGAUUAAAGUAUUAAAGUAUGUGAUAAAAGCUCAAGUUCUUAGUAGUUUCAAUCUAUGGUUUGUAUAUGAAUAAGGACUUCCUAGGGGUCGAUCAAGAUUUUCUUGUGUCCAUUUUCUGUAUGAGGGCUGGCAGCCGAUCAUCAUAGGCUACUUCAUCGAAGGUUAAUGUACUCUAAAUGUAGUACCAAUAACUGUGUUUUAGCUAGCUAUUUUUGAAACCCGGUACCUGGUUUAUUACUGCUAUGACUUGGGAUGUGGAGAGUGAAACUUAUAAUUUAUUUAUAAUUGACCCUUGCUUUAUUUGUUAUCAA